AUGGGAAGUUUACCAAAUCUACACGAACUUGAACAGAUAGAGCGCAAACGCGAAAAACGCCGAGAGCGUGAAAUGCGUGAGCAAUUGGCCAGAGAGGCGAGUCGUGAGAGAGAACGUUUGCAUCAGAGAAAGCACUCCAACUACAAUCCCUAUUUAAUGGCUGGCUUGGGUAUGGGUGGCAUUGCACCACACAGUACAACAGCAACUAGUGGUGGUCCGACCCAAGCAAGUACUUUACCAAUUGGUGGGGCUGCCCUAUUAAACUAUGGUGCUGGAGUGGGCACGGCUGUUGGUGCAGUAACUUUAAGGCAUCAUGGACACCAACAUCCCCAUCAUUUUCGUCAUUCAUUGACAAAUCGACAUCGUGUGCUGCGUACUAGAAGUUCGGGUGCAACACACAACAUAUGGGACGAACAAGCCUUAGAGCACAUGCCGGCCUAUUCUCCCAUAUCGACUAGAUCACAUCGUAUCAAUCCAGUAUCAUCAUAUCAUGUACAAGCUGCCUUGGCCGCUUCACGCCGCCGAGAAUCAAUUAAUAGCUCAAUAGGAGCUACAUCCAUCAGACGUUUAAUAACACUGAACAAUCGUAAUUGCCGACAUAAAAUACCAGCCCAUAUCAGACAGAAAGUUGGUAAAUCAUUUACCUUUCUAGCGGUGGCUCAUGGUCUCAAGUGUGCCGCCUUAGUGCCAAUAUUUGGUUUACAGGGCUCCAAUUCAGUGUGGCAUCAUAGAGAACAAUGGCUGCAAGUGGGUCCUAAUAUUGGUUCACUGCUCCUCAGUGUUGGUCUGCUGAUAUCGGCGGGCAUGUGCCUGGUUACACCAAAACUUAUACAUAAAUUUGGCUAUUCCCUGCUGAUGGGUGUCAACUAUGUGGCUGUGUGUUUAUUUUUAUUGUGUCAUUUGUACCCCUCAAUUUAUACGAUGCUGCCUGCCUACAUACUCUUCGGGUUGACGCAUAGUCCUUCGUUUAUUAGUAAAAUAGCUGUUGUGGUUCACUAUGGCAGCAAGCUGAGCUGUUCUCAGCAUGAAUGUACGCUGCUCUCGUCACAUGCCUUGGAUUCUUGGGAGGAACAUAAACUGUUUUGCAAUCGUGAUCAAAAGGUAAGACGUUUGGCCAGAUGGUUUCAUGCUGCCAAAGACCUAGGCAUUAUAGUGGGAGCUAUACUAGCUUCAUUUAUAUUGUCAUGCACUUCAAAUGACUGGAAUUGUCCGAAUGCGAAAUUCCCUGAUCUAACAACAACCACCACCACCACGACCACUGAGUCCAGCUCAGUUAAACUUUUGCAAACAACAAAUUCUAGUGUACCAGUUUCGGCUGCUUUUCAAUCGUUUAUACCCAGCACUCCCUACGUUUGGAAUCACAUGUCUGGCUUUAAAAGUGAAUUCUAUAAUUUAGAUGAACAUGGCAAUCGUAUAUGUGGUGCUGAUAUGUGCCCGCUGUGGCACAAUGAUCUACAGGCCGAGGGUUAUGCUGGCAAUGAAACCAUAUAUUCUUCGUUUAUAAAUGAGAAACCCCGAGAAGGCAGCUUUACUUUGAUUGUUGUGUAUUUGGUGUUUACUAUGCUGGCUUUGGUGUUCUCCAUACUGGUGGGUAAAAUUCAGGCUACUUUUCGUCAUGAACGCAUCAAGGGUAUUACUGAUACUCUGCUGUUUGCUGGUCCCUUGGCAUAUUUUAUUGGCACGGAGCAGGCCUAUAUUUUGAGUGAUUUUUUAAGGGCCUUUGUUUCUUGUUCAUUGGGCAUUAGUAUGGUACCAGGAGCUAUUGUGGGAAUGGGUAUAAUGCAACUGAUUGUGUCUGGUACCUUAAGUAUGCUUCUUAGACAUACGAAACGUAUUGUGGUAAUAUUGGCCGGCUUCUUCUUUCACUCCUGCCUACUGCUGGCUCUCUCCACCUGGAAACCCUCCAGCGAUGACAGUGCACUAUUUUAUGUGCUGGCCGCCUCAUGGGGCGCCUGCAAUGGCAUGUGGGAAACUUUAUUGCUGGCCUUGGUAACACUAAAUCAUGCAAAUCAUGUAGCAGAAGUAGCAUCACCACUGCAAUCGUUACGUUUCCUUGGCUUGGGCAUAACCUUCGCGGCACAUGGUUUCAUGUGUGAAACACCGAAAAUCAUAACAUUAGUCAUAAUACUGGUGGUGAGUGUGUUGCCGUAUGCAAUGCUGGAAAUACGUUUGGAAUCGCAGCGCAAAGCUCAGCUAAAUAAUUUAUGACGUAAUUUAUUCACAUAGUCAAGAAGGCACAGUACUAUGGCACGUACUCAUACCAUGUAAAUAGAAAAGGUUGAAA